CGGGGCUCCCACGCGCACGCGCGUACGAGCAGCUGCAGCACGAAAGUCAGACGAUGGGACAAUAUGUGCUUUGCGAGCACUAUUCUUCAUUUGCUGUUCAACCAGCAAAAUCUUAGGAACUUUAUUGACUGCGCUUGUUCCACCAUUCACCUAAAUGCAAAAUUUGCCAGCAAGUUUGAGAGGCAGAAGUAUAGAUAUGAGCAGUCACCUAAACCACUACCAACUGAAGAUAUUUUGCAAUCUCAAAGCUGUAAGGGACUGGUCGAUAAUUGUAACAUAUACAAUUAGCUAUACACAGUUUUGUAAUACUUUUCAGACAUCAGUAGACUUUUGUCACCUGGAGAACAACACGAUUCCCAUGAGUUCUUGGUUUUUUGUUUGAUCUCUUCUUAUGGUGUGCAUACACUUGUAUCGUUGUACGUGCAUGGACUCUCUACUCCAUGCAACCUGUGUAAACAUGUGCAUUUGGUGAAAAUGGUAACAGACAAAGG